GGGAAAAUCAAUAACAGAAUGUAGAAUAAAGAGUCCCCAAAUCCUAGGGCCUUUCUACAGGGGCACAACUGAGAGCAUCCUGACUGGCUGUAUCACUGCCUGGAAUGGGAACUGUACUCCCCUCAACCGCAGGACUCUGCAGAGAGUUGUAAGGACAGCCCAGCGCAUCUGUAGGUGUGAACUUCCCACUAUUCAGGACAUUUACAGUGACAGGUGUGUAAAAGGGGCCUGAAGGAUCAUUGGGGACCCAAGUCACCCCAACCACAAACUGUUCCAGCUGCUAACAUCCGGGAAACGGUACCGCGGCAUUAAAACCAGGACCAACAGGCUUCGGGACAGCUUCUUCCGCUAGGCCAUCAGACUGAUUAGUUUGCACUGACACAAUUGUAUCUCUAAGCCACAUUGACUGUUCUGUUGUACAUCUUACUGUACAUACAAUUAAUUACAAAUGACUAUAAUUCGCACAUUGCACAUUCAGAUGGAGACAUAAUAUAAAGAUUUUUAUUCUUGUACGUGAAGGAUGUAAGAAAUAAAGUAAGUUCAAGUCAAUUCAGUUACAGAGAAAGUGCAGUACAGGAAAACAAUGAAGAGAGAGAGAGAGAGAGAGAGAGAGAUAUUCCCAAGUGCCAUAAAGCCUGAUUUGCUGAAUUCGAUUCCAAUGGACAGUGAUGUUAACUCAUGGACUUACUGAUCCACUUUCUGAAACGAUCAGAGUGAUUUUCAUCGUUGGCAUGGGGCGGUGUCCUGUGGAAAAUACAUGAUGGGAAUUUUGAACGAAUGGGCUUGUGAAGCCACACCCAGAGAAACGUGGCGCUGGGUGGUUUUCCGAAUCAGAACUCCCUCAGAUUAUAGGAAAAGGAGGCAGGAGCAGAAGUACUUUAAAGGCCGGAUCAGUUUUGGGAGGUUUGCAAAAGUUUGAAUUCAAAUUGGCUAGAUGGAAAGGCCAGUGUGUUGCUGGAAAUCUGCCCUCCAAUCCUCCACCCCUCCUCGCUAGCUUUUCUUACUCAUCUUUAGAGGUGGUGCUGGAAACUCUUCUACCAUCGGAUCAUAAAGGCAACCCAGUUCCUGCAUUCUUGUAUGCCCACCUGUCCUACAUGCAGUAGAUAUAAAAAUAUCUCAUCCUGGUCUGAGGAGACAGUACAGUGUAGGAACCGUCUCUUCAGCCCCCGUUGUCUAUGUCAUCCAUGAUACCAAAUGAAACCGAUCCAUCUGCCUGUACAUAAUCCACAUCCCUUCAUUCCCUGCCUAUUCGUUGUCCAUCGAAAUGCUACUAAUCACCUCCCCUCCGUCACAACCACGGAUUUGGCAGCGCAGUAGAUACGGCAAUUGUGCUUGUGAAUUUGGACGUGUCAGCUAAUUAUUAUUUAAUCGUGAUAGUAUUUAACUCCAUACUUGUCAUCGUAGUGCCUGUCGAGAUUCGGACGGAGCACAGCAACGCUUUGCUGCUGUCUUACAUUCGGCCUUCCCUGAGUUACUGGACUUUAAGUCAACUGACUCUGAAGACUGGAGGCAUUCGUUUAAUGUUUAAAAGUUCUUUUCAGCCGCAGUGUAGGCUUUUUCCUUUUGAGAGUUUUAGUUAAUGGCCGUGUUUGGCCGAGCGUUUAUUGUUUUAUUUUCCCUUGAACACGGUUCGUAUUAAAGUCCGUGAACUAUCGACCUGCUUCAAUGCCUCUCACUCCGCACUUGGGCUAUGUCCGAACCUGGUGACACCCUGGCGGUGCGUUCCAGGCAACUUCUUGCCCAGCACAUCUUCCUCAAACUUUCCCACUCCGACCUUUAGUGUUUGGUGUUUCUACCCUGUGAAUGAGAUUCUGACCGUCUAUCCUAUCAAUGCCUCCCAUAAUUUAAUGAACUCCUAUCUGGUCUCCUCCUGACUUUUGGCACUAUCCGAUCGUGUCCAGUGUCUCCUCAUGGUUAAAAUCCGGGCAGCAUCCUGGUGCACUUCCUCCUCACUCAGUCCAAAGCUUCCCCAUCCUUCCGGUAAUGGGGCGGCCUGAGCUCUGCACGCCAGAAUUAUAGUCCCCAGUAUUAGUUGGAAAUACUUCAGGAGGUUUCAUCUCAUGGCUGGCUCCACCCCUAUUGUUCAUCUAACAUAUUCAUGGGAUCUUUCAUCAAUUAACUAUUGAACAGACUGUUAGAUUGUCAUUGAUUAGCUAUUGAACCGAACAGAUAUAAUUAAUGAAUAAAAUCACAGUACUUUUAAUUUGAUGAUUUUCUUCCUACUUUGCCUUGUAUUCUCUUCAGUCUUCCAGAGUCUCCAGAAGAGCUGUGCAGGGGCAGUUUACCCGGUGAAACUGGAUGACAUGAUGCCCGAUGUUUUACUCCUCUGUCGUUGUUUUCAUCUCCUCAAAACAUCUUCAUAAACACAGUGACAGAGCAUUACAAAUUCACGCUUGGAGCUUAAGUAACUUUGUCUAUCACUUGGGCAAUGUAGCAUCGUCUCCGCUACCUCUUCUCACACUCACCAUUGAGUUCUAACUCUCCAUCCUUUUCUUUCCUUUCCAGGUCCAUCAUAACUUGGGGGUUGCAACUGACGAAGAGGAGGUGAAAGACUUAUCUUGAAUGCACCUCCUUUCUCCACCUUAAGCAGACCACACGGCUUUCUCUACAAGCACCUCACAGUGAAAGCAGAAGAGGAUGACUGCGCCCUUGAAGUCCAGGAGUUAAGGAUGAAUUUAACCAAGCUUUCCCUGAUGAGUGUAACUCUGGCUGAGGCAAUGGUGAACAGGACAAGGAGCUCUACUGCUUUAUGCGAACAAGUCAGUGUGGCAGUUGAGGUGUUCCUAAUUCUGGGUAUCAUUAGUCUGCUAGAAAAUAUUCUGGUUAUUGCUGCAAUUAUUAAGAACAGGAACCUGCAUUCCCCUAUGUACUUCUUCGUUUGCAGCUUGGCGGUGGCCGACAUGCUGGUGAGUGUGUCCAAUGCAUGGGAAACCAUUGUGAUAACUUUACUCCACAGCAGGCAUUUGGUUGUCAAAGACAGCUUUGUCAAACAUGUAGACAACGUGUUUGACUCCAUGAUCUGCACCUCAGUGGUGGCAUCCAUGUGCAGUCUCUUGGCCAUUGCUGUCGAUAGAUACAUCACCAUAUUUUACGCAUUGCGCUACCACCACAUCAUGAGCAUGAAGAGAGCGGCCUUUAUUAUUGCAGGGAUCUGGGCGUUAUGCACCGGGUGUGGCAUCAUUUUCAUCAUCUACUCCGAAAGCCCGACAGUCAUCAUCUGUCUUGUCACCAUGUUCUUCAUUAUGCUGCUCAUCAUGGCAUCCCUCUAUAGCCACAUGUUUCUGCUGGCCCGCUCCCAUGCCAAGCGGAUUGCUGCUAUGUCAGGCUCCAACUCCAUCCAUCAGCAAGCAAGCAUGAAAGGCGCCAUCACCUUGACGAUCCUGCUUGGCAUCUUCAUUGUCUGCUGGGCACCAUUGUUCCUGCACCUCAUCCUCAUGAUCUCCUGCCCCAGGAACCUUUACUGCACAUGCUUCAUGUCACACUUCAACUUGUAUCUGAUCCUCAUCAUGUGUAACUCGAUCAUUGACCCACUCAUCUACGCCUUCCGCAGUCAAGAAAUGCGGAAGACGUUAAAGGAGAUUAUUUGCUGCCACAGUUUAAGGGCAGUUUGUGGACUUACUGUCAAGUGAGACUAUAGUGAGCGAAGGUUGUUGGCUUUUAAAGGUUCCAAUAACUAAAUGUAGUGGAAGUCAUGAUCUGAUAUAGUUCUCAGCACAACUUCUCUACUUGUCAACUUGUCCCUCUAGGAAUAUGCCCUAGUGUUUAGUUUGUAUCUUUUAACAGUACACCUGUAUUCUGAGGAGCUUUGAGUCCCUCCUCUGGUCGAUUUCUCCUGCCAAGACACCUCACCACCUUGCAUUUAUCUGUAUUGAAUUUCAAAUGCUUAGGGAAAAGUGAGAGAGGAAAAAAAACCUCUCCUGUUACUGGGAACCUGAAGUAAGAAUGGAAAGUGCUUAGCACAGGUCUGGCAACAUCUGGCAGGUCUGGCAACACCCAAAACUAGGAAACGUUAGAAAACAAGCAGAGGAGGGGAAGGAGUGGAAUGCUGAUAAAGUGGUUGAGACCCUGAGAGAGUGAACAAUGCAAAUGCUUUUGCUGUAACAGAGAGUUUGAAGCUUCUUAAUUACUGCUGAUCUCCCUCAAGAAGGUGUAAGUAAAACAUGGAACACAAAACACUACAGCAUAGCCCACGACAUUGUGCCAACCUCUAUAAAGCUACUCCAUGAUCAAUCUAUCCCCCUACACGACCCGUAACACUCCACUUUUCUUACAUCAAUGUGUCUAAGAGUCUUAAAGUUACCAAUGUAUCAGCCUCUACCACCAUCCCUGGCAGUGCAUUCCAGGCAUCUACUACUCUGUGUGUAAAAAAAAAACUACUGCUGACAUCUUCCCUAAAUUUUGCUCCACUCAUCUUUAAUAGAGAGGAAAGAAUGAGGCAAAAGGAGAAAGGUAAAUCCCUGGAACAGUCAGUUACUGUUUUCUGAUAGAAGGUCAUCAACCUGCACCAUUAAUUCUGUUUUUCUCUCUCCACUGAACUGUGUGAUAUGCUGAAUAGUUUCCAACAUACUCCUUUACUUUAAAUUUUCAGUAACUGUUGGGGCUUUACUAUUGCUUGCUUGGUGGGUGGUGAUGCUUAUCUGCUUGCACAGAUUGGGGGAGGGUUGAUGCUUUGCCAC